AUGGCGUCAGAGAUCACCUACGCCGAGGUGAAGUUUAAGAAUGCACCACCGCCUGCAGAGGCCAAAGCACACCCAGAGAAGAGAAUAUCCCAGAGUGCACCCCAGAAGCACACCCAGUGGCUCCCAUGGCUGAUUGCUGCACUAUUGCUGCUGUUGGCUGUCUCACUCCUCGUCGCCCUCAUUGUUACCCAAGUUGGCCUCAGGACAAAUCAAAGUUGUGAAGAGUAUGCGAUGGUGAGGCAGUAUCUCAGGAAGAGGAACUGUGUUGAAGAAGAACCUGAAGGGAAAGAGGAAAUCUGGACGUGCUGCCCCGGGGGCUGGGAGCCCUUUCAGGCCAGCUGCUACUACUUCUCUAAAGACUUUAUGACCUGGGAUAACAGUGAGAGGAACUGCACAGGGAUGGGCUCCCACCUGGUGGUGAUCAACACAGGAGCUGAGCAGGAUUUCAUCUUCACUCAGGUAAAUGGAACAGUUACAGGCAGCGAAGAAAGGAAUUACUGUAUUGGUCUGACUGAUAAGAAGAAGAAAGGCCAGUGGCGGUGGGUGGAUGAGACUCCAUAUAACGAAACUGCAGCGUUCUGGAGACCCGAGGAACCCAGUCCUCACAACAAUGAGAAUUGUGCUCUCAUGCAUGUGACAAGAGAACAAAAUUCACAUGGUAACAGGAAUUGGAAUAACGUCCCUUGUUCCAGUGCAUAUCAUCGAAUUUGUGAGAUUGCAACACUUAGUUUUUGAGGAAGAACCCCCAUCCUGGAUGUGAGGCUGGAGAGUUAGCAUAUCUCUUGCUGGGAUCAUCUCACAGAGAGACCUGAUGGGAGGGUUUGGAUCAGCCCUGGGCUAUCAUGACAUUGGGCGUAGGCAGUGGAGGGUGAUAUUGAGGCCCAAACUCACUCACUAGAUCAAUUUUGGAAAACUCUGAAAACAGCUAAAAAUAUCUAAUGUGGAACAAGCCAAAGUGCAGUGAGCUCUGCCUGUGAUGUCAUUGAAGCUCCCAGGAGACUGGUGGAGGAAGCAGGCUGGGGCAGUGGGUUUGCCCUGGGAAAUCUUGAAGGGAGGUUUCCCGUUCAUAUUAACCCUCCCAGUGUUGGUCAAGAUAACAACUUACAUUGUCUGCAUACUGCAGCAAGGCUGUUAAAACCAGGAAUAAAGCCCUGUCCAUACUGCAGAAAUAACUAGGUCAGACCUGUUUCCCCUUGACUCUGCUACAACACAGUUCCACCUUGUAACAGAAAUGGGGCUUUGUCCAUGUCCCUGAGCAAUGCUAAAACCCUUGA